UAAUUAUGAUGCCACGAAAAUAUGCAUUUCCGUGAAUUGCUUAGAUUUAUGACUGUUAUACGUUGAGACGCAAGAUUUAUCCAUAACAUGCGAUAGAAUACUGUUGUGGCAUUUCUGAUUUUGUUCACUAUUUGCACUAAAACUGCACGCAAAGUUUCGGGAAACAAGGGAUAACUUUCUACAGUGAAAGGUAGCAGCAGUGGUGGUGGAGCAGAGAUGCCGGGAUUGGAAUCAACAUCUGGGGUUGGUGUUACUGUAGAAAACAUCGGAAGGCUACCUUCUGACAUUUUCGCAGAAAUGUGUCAGCAGGUGCUGGCUCAUCUUCAAGGGCAAACCAGUGCAGUAGAUUUGCCCAAAAUUUCUGAUACAUUGCAGAGAAAUGGCAUAGAGCUUGAAUGGAAAGCACUGCAAAACAUUGUCAGAUUGCUGUCAAAUAAUUUCAGAACGGCGGCGAGGAGCAGUCUCACGGCUGAUCAGCUGGUGGCCCGGCUGGUUGAAGGGGGCGGGCAGUGGGCCAAGGCUGCGCUUCAGGUGCUGCAUCAACUGUGGAGCGAGCAUGGAGCACUCGUUCACACGUACCAGGAAGCCCACGCCAUGGCCAGCAUUGGACAGCUGGUGGACCUGCAGUGGAAGCUGGGCAUGGCGGUGAGCUCGGACACCUGCCGCUCCCUAAACUCCCCCUACGUCUCCCUGCUGCUCAAGGUGGCAGACACCGCCGGAGAAGUCACCUACAAGUCCUUCGAGAUGUCCAUCCCUCAGUUCCAGAACUUUCACCAGCAGUUCAAAGAAAUGGCUGCAGCACUUGAGACCGUGUGAGGCCAGCGAAGCACUCCAUAUCGCCUUCAAUUUAUUGCUCUACCUUUUGCAGACAGUGUUUACCAAAAUGUUUACAUUCUAACAAGGGGUACUUCUCAAAGUGAAGUGUCCUAUCCUUGCUUGGACGAGUAAAUCCCAUUUUUCACGAACUUCACCAGAAUAUCUAUAACAAGCUGUAAUAACAAGUGUAAUAUCCAGCAAAAAGCUGUAAUAAGUGUAAUUAAUAAUUGACUCCCACAAAAUAUGGGUGUUUUACUCGUCCUUGCAAGGCUAGUACACUGCACUUUGAGAAAUACCCAAUGUGUUUUGCCAAUGUGCAUUAUGUACAAUGUUCUCUCCUUGUUUUCCCAGGCUAACGAAAGCAAUCAUGUGUAGGAGAGGAGGGUGUUCUGUUGUAAUUACCUUUUAACUAAUAAUAACAAACUCCUUUUUUUGUUGUAAUAGUAACUUCUGUUUAUUUCUUACAUUCUAAAAGCACAUCCAUUCCAUUUAUUUAUGCUCGAUGCCAUGGAAGACUUUCCAUGAUGCAAAACAAAUAAAUAAGGAAACAAAGGAA